GCGGCGCAGUUGCCUUUGCCAGUGACCUUCUUCAGCAACAGCGAUUGCUAAGUAGACUGUAUUUUUACUGCUAUGGCGUUAUUCUUUAGAAAUGCUAGACUGCUUCGUAACCAGCGUCUCUGUCUACAAGUGCAGCAGGUGUUUCGUUAUUGUGAUGUUGCAGUGAUAGCAGCAAAGCAGCCUUUCCAAGUAGAACUCAUUGAGGGAAAGACAUAUUAUUGGUGUAAAUGUGGACUAAGUAAGAAACAGCCAUUCUGUGAUGGACGCCACAAGGUCACCACUAUCAAGCCCGUCCGAUUUGAAGCCGAGCAAAGCAGCUCCGAGAUAUUCCUUUGUGGCUGUAAACAGACCGAGUCAGCGCCAUUUUGUGACGGCACUCAUGCCACUGAAAAAGUGCAGUCAGCAAAUUUAUGAUCUGAAUUAAAAAAUUAGAGUUCAUCCCGCCUAAAACCCUGGUCCAUGAAGUUUUCUUUCUUUAGAAAACCUCUUGAACCAGGGUACCUGCUUAUCUGAAAUGCACGGAAUGUCAGCCGAGCGAAGUUGUAAAACAAAGUGAGGUACAUGUGUACCAGUGAAUGUUCCAUGUCGAGACAACAGUAAGAAUGACAAGUGUUCAGUUGUCUUUGUCGGUGUGGCAGCUUGAAUCGAUGUAUUCCCGAUUGUGUACGGUACUUUCUGAUUGUUAAAAUAAAGCAAGGGCUAAAACCUC